AGCAGAACGAGCUUCGAGCCUGGUCUCCCUAUAUUCACAGUAUACGUAAAUGCAAUUAAUAAAAAUUAAACUCGUGGAAACUAAAAAGAACUGACCUUGACACGAGAACUUGGCAAUGAGAGACAGAACGCACCCAAGCACAACUGUCGUACCUAAGGGAUUGAGCAGCAUUUCUCCCCAACAAUUCGGCUAACAGAGAAUACAUCCAUGCAUCAGUCAAGCAAAACUUCGGAUGCAAAGAAACAUGCUUCACCAGCCUCUUGCCACAAAUCCCUUUUGAAGGUUCACCAACAUUUUUAGCAACCAGGAGGCAAAAUUUUUCAAGCGUGGAGAAUCUGGGUUACCAUAUAAAAUUCCCCAGCACAGUGGAGUACCACUGCUCUUACUCCCCCACUUUAAAUUCUUUCCAGCUGUUCCUUUAAAACUCAAAUUUCUUGGCUUCGCUGUUCAUGGUGAACUUGCACUGCUUUAUCCUUUAGCUUCCUAACACCAUUAUGGCGGCCUUCAGACGAACAGCCAUUUAUCACAUGCUGGCUGUGCUGCUAUUGGGAUGCCUCCAGGUUGAUUUGGCUCAUGGAGGCCCUGAUGCAUUCAAAGCCAAGUAUGGAAGUCCAUUGGUGAGAGACAGUUCAGCUCCCCUGAAAAAGCAGAUGAUGCAGGAUACAAUGGCAACUCUGAAGCAAGCCAGCAGUUACUCAAAGGACUCAAUGUACUCCCCAUAUGCCACAGAUGUCUUCAAGCAACUUCACAACAAUGCUGAGCACAAGAACUAUCUAGCAGCCAGCAACUCUGCACCAGAGGCUGCAGAACGGGAUGACAUGGCUCUCCACAGAGACGUCACUGCAGACAAGUCCCUGCACAAGAUGGCUGCAGCAGGUAAGGCCAUUGACGGUCCAAUGCAUGAUCAUGUCCACCAGAUGGCUGUUCUUUUGCAAACAUAUGGUUCUGCAGCUGACGUCAAGGGGCUUCAGGAAGACUAUCCUUCUCCAGCUGCACCAAAGAUGGCCAAGGUAGCAAAGUAUGAAGGAGACUAUGCGAGGUACCCUUCUGGGUACCAGAGGCAAGCAAACCAAUAUCCCCAGUAUGCUGACCAGCAACCACAGCAAAGGUACAACUCACCAAGGAUGAAUGCCCAGUGCAAUCCAUGUGGCCCACCACCAUGUCCAUUGCCUUGCCCACCUCCACCACCUCCUCCAGUGCCUUGUGUGACUGAAAUCCCACUGUGCAUUCAGUACCUCAUCAACCUCAUAGUCAUCAUGUUUGGCUUGGGAAUUCUCAAAUGGUACUGCUCAGCCAUGUCUGAACUUGACCGGGAGUGUGGUUUGGAUGACAGAGCAAGUGGAGGCAAGGACAGUAUGGGCAGAAGCCUGGGCGUGAAAAAGAGCAGCUUCAGCCCACCUAUGGCCACCAUCUCUGCCUAUUAUGACCCACAAACCAACCAAGUCCUGCUGCCUCAUGAGCACCAGCAUUACCAGUUCACCCACUAAAUCCUGCCCUCCAUAGCUUUAGCUUUGUUUCUUAGCGUCACUUGCCCCAGUGCUCAUCUUAAAUAAUUUUUAGACAAUAUAAAAUUUGUGUCACUUUCUGAGCUGUGUUUUAGAUGUUGGGAUCAAACUUGAAGAUGGCAUGGGCCAUGUCUUGGAGCUGGAGCACCUGGAGGAGGAUGAGUCUCAGAGUUGGAGAGACACUUGGCCAGUUGGUCAACACAUCAGCUCUGCUCCUCUUAAACUAGGUCCACUACAGAGACUAGCCCUGGUGUCCAUAAUGUCCACCCUAAUUACCCCUUUCCUGAUCCUCAUUUUUCGCGGGAUUCAGAAAGCAGGGAAGAAAAGCAUAAGGCUUGCAUCCAUGGGAGAAGAUUAUGACAGUGAUGAAGAUGAUGAUGGUGGUUGUCAGUCAAGCAGCAGUCGCAUCACUCCAGCACACUUGUCUGCAGAGACAGAGACUACUGAUGAAAUGAAGGCCAGAACUGAUGGUGCACCUGUCAAGGUGGGAGGGUCACACCCAUUGCUCAGUCCUACCACCAGGGAGGCCAACAAGUCUCUGACAACCACCACCACUUCCGUCACUGCCAGUGUUGGAUCAAGUUAUUGAAUAAGGGGGUUUUUAAAUGUUAUUCUCUUUUAAUAGUUUGGUGUUUUUUGUGCUGUUAUUUAUAUUAUCGUUCAACCAA